AUGCUGCGCCGCCGCGGAGCCUUCAGCGUGGAGCCGCUCUGCGGCCGCGAUGGUCCCUGGGAGACGGUGGAGAGCUGUGUGGUGCGCACCUCUGCCAGCGUCUACCGCCGGCUGCAGGAGAGCCCACGGCAGCCCCCGGGGGGGAUGAGUUCCUGGGGCCCCCCCCCACCGCCACCCCUCUGCCCCGGCAGCCCUCCGGUGAGUGGGCAGCUCCUCAAGUCGGAGUCAGAGGACUCCGGGGUGGAGAUGGCCAGCAACGAGCACUCGCCCUCCACCCCCCUGGGCUCAGAGAGCAGCUUCUCCCUCGACGGCUUCCCACCGGAGAAGAGCCCCCCUGGAGAGGAGCCGGGCACCGAGCCCCCCCGGCCACCCCGCAGCCGCUCAUCCAGCAAGAAGCUGGUGCAGGCAGCGCAGCGCAGCAGAAGGCAGCGGGCACCCGGGUGCUGCCCGCGACAGCUCGGCCGGCGCAGUGCCAGCACGGCCAACCUGCGGGCAGAGCCAGCGUGGGACCCCCGGGAGCCGGAGGAGCCCAGCCUCGGAGUGGGGGGGGGUUGGCCCCCCAGCAGCCCCUGAGCCUUCGCUCGCCUGCAGGCUGUGCCAGAGGCGGUGCUGCCCGUGCCGGGGCAGGGGCUGCGGUACCUGGAGCACGUCUGCCAGAUGCUGGAGCGCCUGGCCCGGCUGCAGCAGGACAACCGGCUCCUCCGGCAGCAGGCGGCGGAUGCCCGGCGUACCUGCUCUGACACCACGCACACCCAGGAGGCUCCGGGGCAGGAUGUGGCCGUGUGGAGGGCUGAGCGGUUCCGGCCACGCUCCUGCUCGGACAGCCAGGCACCAGCGCCUGACCCUGGGCCGUGCCAGAGGAUGUGGGGGCACUCGGCCAGCUCCCCCAGCCUGCUGGACCCCUCCGAGACCCGGGCGGGUGUCCCAACACCGGACAAGGACGGGCGCUCGCACUGGGGCCGGAUGAAGGUGCUGCUCACCCGCCUGACUCGCCGCUCGCUGCGGGGCGGCCGGUGCAGGUAGGGCCGGGGGGGGUCCCGGUCCUGCUGCCGCCCCUGGAUGGAGGAACUGCACUGCACCUAUUGCAUCACAUGCCACAGUAUGAUGUCACGCCCACCCGGGGC